AUGAAUCAAUCCGACUUUCUGAAACAAAUGUUUGGCCUCGAUGGAAAAACUGCCGUCGUCAUCGGUGGAACGGGUGAACUUUGCUCUGAAAUGGCCUAUGGCCUCGCCCUCGCUGGUGCCGAAGUUGUCCUCGUCGGCCGUGAUGAAGAAAAAGCCGCCCAGCGCCUUGCCCGCAUCCAAGAAGCUGGAGGAAAAGGAUACUUCAUCGCCGCAGAUGCCAGUGACCGCCAAUCGCUCAACGAACUUCUCAACUACGUCAUCGACGCCUCAGGCCAUGCCGACAUCCUCAUCAAUGGCGCCGGCGUAAACUCCCCCACCCCCGCCCUAGAAAUCACCGAUGAAGAAUUCCACCAAAUCCUAGACAUCAACCUCGUCGGCACCCUCCGCGCCUGCCAAGUCUUUGGCAACUACUUCCUCAGCCGCGACAUCCAAGCCUCCAUCAUUAACCUCGGAUCCAUCAGCGGGCUAAACCCCCUUUCCCGUGUCUUCUCCUACUCUGCCUCCAAAGCCGCCGUGCAUAACCUCACCCGCAACCUCGCCCGUGAGUGGGCCGAUAACCUCAUCCGCGUCAACACCCUCGUCCCCGGAUUCUUCCCAGCGGAACAAAACCGUAAAGUCCUCGACGAAUCACGCGUCGCCGACAUCCUCAGAAAAACUCCCGCCUCACGAUUCGGCUCUCCUCAAGAACUCAUCGGCGCCACCCUCCUCCUCGCCUCCAACACCGCCGGCAGCUUCAUCACCGGCACCGAAGUCAUUGUUGACGGCGGCUUCAACUCUAUGUCCAUCUAA